UCACUUUCAUAUUAAUAGACGAGUUCUGCUGCUUUUGAUCAUUUGAUCGUUCGCUAUAUAUAACCGAUUAUCCCGGGGGGUCGCUGGUUCACUUUUGCGGCUGUUUAAGUGAAACGGGGUUUUUGUCGUCAGGGAUAAAGGAAAGGGAAGUGCUCUGGCGUGUCACUGGUUGUGUAACCUCGCUAUUCUCCUGCGAUAACUGAGGGUACAACAGCUGUGUUGGGACGAUGACAAGCGUGGCAACGAGUCCAAAAGAACAGAUCCUUGUGAGGUUCCUUGACGGGGCUGCGCGAGGAGAUGCAGCUCUGGUGUCCAGCAUGCUUCUGCAAGUUGGGUCCCUGGUGGACGUGAGUGGAGACGACGGCUGGACGGCAUUGAUGCUGGCAGCUCGCAGCGGCCACUCCGAGGUGGUAAAGGUCCUGCUCUCCAAAGGGUGUGACACAUCCUUAGUAAACAAAUCUGGUCAGACAGCGUACGACAUCGGCAGAUUCUGGGGACAUAAACACGUGGCCGGUUUGCUGUCGAACAGUAAAGCGGGUGAUGAUCAUCAGCUUCUGGACCAGGUGGAAGCAGAGGCACCUGAAAAUUUCUUUAGCAGGGAGUCUCUGGACAGAAGAUGUGAGAAGAGGACUGAUGGAAAGUGGCUGGAGGCUAAGCGGAGAUCUCCAGACACUGUGUACAUCCUGUUCUUCAACCUGAACCCGCUGGUCACCUCUAAGGCAGAGGAGCUGGGUGUCGGUGGGCCGGACAUUAAAUUGUGCAGGCUGAGGGUGCAGUCUGUGCAGGAUCUGCUGGCAAAGCCUGGAACCACACUAGUUUUCCUUGGGGUGGAGAAGCAGGUGAGCCCUCCUUCCCCGUCUUGCCCAGGAGAUGAGGAUGGGCUUACGGCCUGGUUCGCUCUCAACACUAAUGAAGAUCCGACGGAGCAUCUGAAGCUCCCGGAAUCGAGCUGUUUCUUCGUUAAACCUCCCAUGCCGGGCCUUUUUGCAUUAAGCGAGGAGGAGGCGGGGGUCAUCGCACAGGCACGGUCGGUCUUGGCCUGGCACAACCGAUACUCUUUCUGCCCAACAUGUGGGAGCAAGACCAGAGUAGAGGAGGGUGGGUACAAAAGGGCAUGUCUGAAGGAGGAUUGCCCAAGUCAUCGCGGCGUCCACAAUACAUGUUACCCCCGAGUUGAUCCAGUGGUGAUAAUGCUGGUGAUUCAUCCUGGAGGAAACCAGUGCUUAUUAGGCAGGAAAAAAACAUUUCCACCCAGAAUGUUCUCAUGCCUUGCUGGAUUCAUCGAGCCAGGGGAGGGAAUAGAGGAUGCGGUGAGGAGGGAGGUGGCGGAGGAGAGUGGGAUCAAAGUGGGCCCUGUCCGGUACAUAUCCUCCCAGCCUUGGCCCAUGCCAUCCUCAUUGAUGAUUGGAUGCCUAGCAGUUGCCGUGUCGACGGAGAUUAACGUGGAUGGAAAUGAAAUCGAAGAGGCUCGUUGGUUCACCAGACAGCAGGUCAUCGACGUCCUUCGGAGAGGGAGCGAGCCAGCGUUCGUCUUGCCGCCGAGACAAGCGAUCGCGCAUCAACUGGUGAAACACUGGAUUGGCAUGAAUGCAAAUCUGUAGGCACAGCGUGGAUCCGCCGCUUGCGGGACCGGACCGGACAGGUGACAGAUGGAUGGGCGAGUCCGUGUUCUUCCACUCCCUUCUUAUAGAAGGUCCAUCUAGACACCAAGCAGCACCAGUAGAUCUUUGUUUGCAGUUAUAUCCCCCUCUUUCGUUGGUCAUUUCCUUUUAUGGCGGUUUGCUUUGGCCUGCUUCAUCACUGGGGGUAAUUCAGACCUGUAAUGUGUCCGUUCCCUCCAUAAUUUUCUAUUUUACAUUGUCGAGAGCUGCAGUGUUUUUAGUAAGAAUAUACAAGCACCUGCAGACAGCUGAUCCGGUUAGUAUUUAGUCUUGGUGAUGGGACCUUUACCAGGAGCAGAACUUCAGGGAGGAUAUAUUGAGGGCGGUGUGUUGGUCUGCAGAUUAAGACGGUGCCCAUCAGGUCACAUUCAAGGCGAGCAGAAUGAUGUCACCGUUGGGCCCAUGGAGUAGAGCUGCUUCAGGGAUUGGCU